AUGGAGUCUGAAGCGUUCGAGGAUAUGCAGAAGGGCGGUGGUGCCCUGCGCACCGUCAAGGACUUGGCCGCGGGCGCCGCCGGUGGGAUGGCUCAGGUUCUGCUGGGACAACCAUUCGAUAUCGUCAAGGUUCGGCUGCAGACCACCUCUCAGUAUAAGAGUGCGGUCGACUGUGCGACCCAGAUCUUCAAGAAAGAGGGUCCUGCGGCCUUCUACAAGGGUACUCUGACUCCCUUGAUCGGAAUCGGCGCCUGCGUCAGUGUUCAGUUCGGUGCAUUCCAUCAGGCACGCCGCCGUUUUGAGGAGCUGAACAAGAAGAAGUACGCCGACAGCACGCUCUCGUACGCCCAGUACUGGCUCGCCGGCUCCUUCGCCGGUGUCACCAACUCCGUGCUGUCCGGCCCGAUUGAGCACGUGCGUAUCCGCCUGCAGGCGCAGCCGCACGGUGCCGACCGUCUGUACUCGGGUCCCAUUGACUGCGUUCAGAAGCUGUCCGCUCAAGGAGGCGCUCUGCGUGGUCUGUACCGCGGUCAGGCUGUCACUAUUCUGCGGGAGGCCCAGGCCUACGGUACCUGGUUCAUGGCCUUCGAGUACAUGAUGAACCAGGAUGCCAAGCGUAACAAUGUGAAGCGUGAGGAUCUAUCUGCCGUCAAGGUCGCCACUUACGGUGGUCUGGCCGGUGAGGCUCUGUGGCUGUCCAGCUACCCCUUCGAUGUGGUCAAGAGUAAGAUGCAGACCGACGGGUUCGGCGCCAACCAGCAGUUCGCCAGCAUGCGUGACUGCUUCAAGAAGACCUAUGCCGUAGAGGGCCUGGGUGGUUUCUGGAAGGGUAUCGGCCCGACCCUGCUCAGAGCUAUGCCCGUCUCGGCUGGUACAUUCGUUGUUGUCGAGCUCGCCAUGAAGGCCCUGGGUUAA